CUAUGUAGGUAGCAACAACAUUCUACCACGCUCAACAAACUCACACACACACACACACACACUGCAGUGUUCAGUGGAGAUGCAGCAGAUCCUGCGACUGGCCCUCCGUGAUGGAGACGAGUGGGUGAGACUAUUUGCCACCAUUCUGGCUCCCGUUCCCCCAUUCCCAGUCCAUCGAUGUGGAGCCAUGUACUGAGGGAAACAUGGAGGGGGUCCAAGCUGAAGUUGCUGAAGCAUUGUCCCUGAAGAGUGACUGCUCUUUCAUUCCCCACGAGUUUGCCUGUCUCAACCACUCGGUGCUCUCUGCCGCUCACAAGUAUACUCCGCCCACUGGACACACCCACUUUACUCUGAGACAGCAACCCCAGGCAUCAGUCCAGCUCAGGAAUGAGAUCCUUCAGAAAGCUGAGAUGGAUUUUGCCCAGACAGGGUCCCUAGUCAAAGAUAGACAUCUCCUCCAGCGACAAAUGUCCGCUACUGGUUCAAACCCGUUUGUGUCCACGUCUCGUUCCAGUAGCAGCAGGAAGUCGGUCCCCAUUCCAGGCCACACGGCCUCUCGUGUUCAGAGAGAGAGAGGCACAAAGCUUCUUUACAUUAAUGAGGUACCACUCAAUUUCAAAAGAAAGAGACGAGCAGCAGCUGCUACCAGGUGGUGGUGGGGAAUCAAAGAAGACCAGGACUUCCUCCAAGAGCGAACCAGACACACCCACACCCACGUUGCAGUCUGCAACACCAGACUAUGCGGCGGGGCUGGGGGUGGAGUUUCCACCGCCCACACCCACCUCGUCUCGGGCGGUGGCAGGGGGCGGAAACGUCACUGGAGGGGCGGCAUCGACCUCGAGUAAAAAGGGAGCACUGGAACUGGCUUUGCAGAGUCCCACCACGUCUCUGGCCAGUGACUCUCAGAAACCUCAGAGCUCAACUACACCUGUUACACCGUUCUACUCUCUGACCUCGCCCACAUACCAGCCGUAUCCCAGGGCAACGGCCACUCCCAGUGGCCCCAUCCCGCCCCACAUCAGUCCCUUCACUCCCGGCACUCCCUCCACCCCCACCCUCCCAACCUCCCCCAGCACACCUCAGCCCAAGCUGAAAGUCACUCGUCAGCAGCUCCUGAUAGCCCAGGAGAUGUUCAAAGAGAGCCAAAAUCUUACCAGAGAGCACAAAGCUCUCAUCCUUGGUUUCAUGGCCGGAGCCAGAGAAAACCCAUACCCCAACCGUGAGGUGGUGACAAUUAAGCUAAACGACAGGGUGCAGGAGGAGAGUGAGGGGAAGAAGGUUCUCAUUGAGACAGUCUUUUGAGAUGAACUACAAGACUGGGAUGUGGAGGAAACUCCAGUACAAGAGACCUCAUCAGUGAAAUAGUUUUACCACUGACAGUAAAGUAUGACUAAGAGCACAUUGGGUACUGAAGGUGUAUGAAUGCAUGAAUUUUAUUACUCUUACUGUUGCACUGAAAAGUACUAAA